AUAGGAAGCGGCGGCGGCGGCGCCCGGAGAGGGGGUGUAGUCCGUGUCCAUAGCAGCGGCUCAGCUGCUACCUGGAGACGGCGGCGCGCUCCUUCCCGUCUUUUCUCUCCCCCCCCCCCCCCCUAGCUGAGGGAGGUCUCCUGCCUCUUCCCUCCCUUAAAGCUACAGACUGAAGGGGAGGGAGCAGGAGGGCUGGGAAUAUCCUCAGAGGUUGGCUUAGCCCUUAAGGGCGGGCUGGGGGGUCGUGUGAGGGGAAGGGUCUGAGCUUCCUAAAUCUUCAGGUUGGGGCAUGUUAUUCAGGCAUGUAUAUUUUUAGACGGGGGAGAUCUUGAGUUUUACCACGACCCGCCCCCCUCUUUUAAGGAUUUAUUAGGAGGGGGUUCAGCUUCAAUGGGGGGAGGUAGAGCCUUGCUGAAUCUACUGGCGGGCUAGUUUUCAGCUGUCUGGCUGGUGUGUCUGCUUGGAAGGGAGGGGAGUUAAGAUUCUUCAGGGGGUGCUUUUUGCCCCUGGAUCUGGGGGAAGUGGCGGAUUGCUGAGGGAACUGAGAGCCAGGCUGUUGGGAUGCUGUGUGGAAGCCCACGUGGCUUCAGGGUGUCUUAACGGGGUAUCUUGAGGUGCGUUAGAGGGAUGCUGCAGGGAGGGGAAACUGCCCAGAGACCUCUGGCGUAAACCUAUGCAGACUGUGGUGUGUCAUCGGGGUUUCCAAGGUAUGACUGUAGCAGGGAAAAAGCAGCGCUGCAGGUAGACGUGCCCCCGCUACAUGUGUGGCGAAGGCCUUUUCGGGCAAGGAGGAAGUUAUAUCUCUGGGAGCGGCAAUCUCUCUAAAGCAGGGUUGUGAUCAGAUGUGAGUUAAAACUUCAGGGCAGGGUGCUUCAAGGUGUAAGGGGCAAAGAAGCCUAGGAAGGCCCGCUUGACACAGCUAAGGGAGGAGAAGGUGUCCCCCCCUCCCCCCAGUUUCUCACAUUCCUGUGGAGCCGUUCUUUAUCUGCAAUGACGGGCAAAUCGGUCAGGGAUGUGGACAGAUAUCAGGCUGUGCUUGCCAAUCUGCUGCUAGAAGAAGAGAACAAAUACUGUGCGGACUGCCAGGCCAAAGGACCAAGAUGGGCAUCGUGGAACAUUGGCGUUUUCAUUUGCAUCCGCUGUGCUGGAAUCCACAGGAACCUGGGUGUCCACAUAUCCCGGGUAAAAUCAGUCAAUCUUGAUCAGUGGACACAAGAGCAAAUACAGUGCAUGCAGGAGAUGGGAAAUGGCAAAGCAAAUCGUCUCUAUGAAGCUUACCUCCCGGAGAACUUCAGGCGACCUCAAACGGACCAAGCAGUCGAGGGCUUCAUCAGAGACAAGUACGAGAAGAAGAAAUACAUGGACCGAAGUGUAGACAUCAGUGUAUUACGGAAAGAAAAGGAUGACAAAUGGAAGAGGGAGGCAGGCUUGGAGAGAAAACUGGAGCCGAUCAUCUUUGAGAAGGUGAAAAUGCCACAAAAGAAAGAUGACAGCCAGGCCAGGAAAAGUCCUCCCAAAUCUUCAGAGCCAGUCAUAGAUUUGCUGGGACUUGACGUUCCUGUUUCGGCCCCCCAUCCCAAUGGCAGAUCCGCUAGUAGUCUAGAGAAGGACUUGGACCUUUUCGGUUCCAUGAGCUCCGACAGGAAGGUCGUAGGUUCUAUGCCCACAGCUGGCUGUGCGGGGUCUGUUCCCGAAAACCUGAACCUUUUCCCUGAUCCUGGAAGCAAAACAGAAGAAACGGGGAAGAAGCAGCUCUCAAAGGACUCCAUUCUCUCCUUAUAUAGCUCCCAGACUCCACCAAUGCCCGCACAAGGAGCUGUGUUCAUAGCCCCAACCCAGAUGGGUUACCCUGCAGCGUACCCCAGUUUCCCAGGCAUGGCAGCACCCAGCAACAUGAUGGGUGGCAUGAUGGCACCACCGGUUGGGAUGAUGUCACAGCCAGGCGCCACUGGAAUGGUGGCACCCAUGGCGAUCCCAGCAGGUUAUGUGGGUGGCAUGCAGACGGCUGUAAUCGGGGUCCCCAAUGGAAUGAUGGCGACACAGCAAGCUGGAUACGUGGCCGGCAUGGCUCCAGUUCCACCGUCGGUGUAUGGUGUGCAACCAGCUCAGCAGCUGCAAUGGAAUAUUGCUCAGGUGACUCAGCAGAUGGCCGGGAUGAACCUCUAUGGCACAAACGGGAUGAUGGGAUAUGGACAGUCACUGGGCCGUGGAGGGGCCCAAGGAACCAACCAAACUCUCAGCUCCCAAGUGUGGAAAUAAUGCACCAGGAUUCGAACCACCAUCACCCCCUCUCUCUUGUUCUUUUUUGCUUCUUCCUUUUUUUUUUUUUGGUUCCAGCAUUAAAAAUGCCCCCCCUCCAGAUUAUUUUUUAAAAGGUUUCCUUUUUCUUUCUGAUGGUUCCGGCCAGACCUUUCUUCUGUGUAGCAGAGGCCUCACUUUGCUUCUCCCCUUGUCUCACAUCAGAGAGUGUCAAAGCCCAUGUGCGCUUUUUGGAGGGGACAGGUAUAAGGAGGGAGGGGUGACUUGCUUGGGAUUUGACGAUAUCAACCAACCAGACCAGAAGGGGAGCUGCCAAUGGCUGAAGGGCUCCAGCCCCUACGUGUUUGCUCAUGGUCGCCCCUAUAAGAACUGAACAGCAAACAUCUAUCCAUUGGGUUUAUUUUCUCUACUUCCUCCCCCAUCCCUAAAUUCGACUUCCCCCCCCCCCCACUCCUCCCCGCCCGGGGUCGGUCUUUUAUUUGACACAUUCCAUCUUUUUUUUUCUUUUUCCCUGUGGAAUUCUUCAAAGCUAGUUCUGCCUUCCAUGAGCCUGAAAUCUUCUCUCUUCCCUGGAUCUAGCAGGACUUCCACAAGAUCCUUGAGCACAACUGGUCCUUUGCUGGACUUGUGCAAGCAGGUAAUAUUUGCACUCCUUCCAAAAGCACUGGCUGCUUCUAACCUAUCCUGUGGUGUCGAUAUAUCUAAACAACUCCUGUUAUCUUUUCUUGGCACACCUUCCCCUAAAACGCACACACUGCCCGUUACUCCUCCGGGUUUUUCUUCAAAACGUCAUGACCUAAUAAAACAAGGGGCAAGAUCCCGUCGCAAGCAUUGACUUGCACUUCCUGUUUGCACUUUUUUGUUGUCCUGUGUAAACCCCCCUCCCCCCCCCCAACACAAACACAUAGAACUGCAGAUAAUUUGCCAGCUUCCCAUGGCUGACCGAGGGCUUCAGAGGGUGGCCUGGCUUUCUUCCCUCAGUGUUCACUCCCCACUCAACCAUUUAGGGGAGGGGGAGAAUCCAACCUGCGUCUUUGAAAGACUUUGUCAGCAUUAAAAAAAAAACCCAGGCAUCUUCUGUCUACCUUGUGUAUAUAUAAAUUCCUUAAUAAAACUAUUGGAGUGAAACAUUAA